GGCAACAAAGUGCUCCUGAAAUAUUCAAGGAGGCUGUUUUAAACCUGCUGUUUGGGCACAGCCCAGCCAGAAUUGAUGUUAGACUCCAACAUUGGGCAGGCUUGCAAGGAUGCUGGAACAGACUCCAGGCUGCAGGGAAACAAGGCACAGGAGAAUGAAUAUGUUACCAUGUACAUGAAUAUGACCUAUGAUAUGCGGUACUGAGAAGCUCACCGGAAUCAGGACAGACAGCAUAGUGUGGCCAAACCUUUGUCAACUGUGGAAAAUCAUGGACAUUUGUUCCAUUGUCUGUACAUGACUGGCCUCUGGCAAGAGUCCUAAUAAAAGAAGAAAAUAAGGGUGAUUCAUGACAAAACAGAGAUUAAUGUGGAACAGGACAGUCAGUUUGGUACUCCUCAGCUGCACAGGUGAAUUCAGAUAAGCCCACAUAUACUCCUGAACACUAGAGAAAUGCCUCCUUCCCAAUCCAAGACUCAGCAGAAAAAGUUUGGAAAAGAGAAAUUGUUGAAUUGUGAGAAAAAGGCAAGCUCCCCAGGAAAUUCAAAGAUCCACUGUGGGAAACGGUGGGAAGGUAAGAGUAAAGGCCAGCUGAAGGGCAAAGAGUCAUUGCCUGAACAAGAUGACAUCAUUGAAAAAGACCCCUUAAAAAGCCAGAGGCUGGUGAGGCUUCAGGGAGGCAAAGAAAAUGGCCACAAAAAGUUAUUCCAGGGAAGAAGAGCCUACAAGAGAAAUGAUAAAAGAGAAUCUGCUUUGGGGAGAAAAUAUGGAGAACAGUUAGUGUCCAAGUUGGAGGGGAAAAAAGAAAAGGCCUGCAAGCAACAGGAAAUGACAUCAGGACUAGAAAGUGAGGACAGUAGCGAUAAGGAGGAAAAAGCCACCACAAACAGCAAGAAAUACAGUUGUAAAAAGAAGUGUGGAAAGCGUCUUGCUGUUAGCGAAAAAGUCACCGAGUCAGACUCUGUAAAGUCAAUUGCAGUGCAAAGUGUUGAAGGAUCUGUUCAGAAACAUGACUUGCCGCAGAAGGCACACAGUGCCAGGCCUAGGGAAAAGCACAAUGAGAAUCACAGCUUUAAGGAAGCUUCUGAGCAAAAGUCAGGUUUUCAAUCCCAAGGCAGUAUGGCACAGGUAAAAGGUGACAGAGCUGGGAAAAAGCAAGUUGGAAAACAUACCAGGAUUAUUGUCACUGAAAGUGCAGAAGAAAAUAUCCUGGAAACCUCAGAUAACUCCUGCUCUGACUCCAGCAAUGAAGGCCAUUGGACCCCUAAAAAAGCUACAAAAGAGACUGUAGUGGUCAGCACUGCAAGCAGUGAAGAGAAGAGUAGCUCUUCAGAUGAAGAUGGCAUCAGUGAGAAAGAAACCAUGCUUGAAGAUCCUCCUGUGGCUGAAGGAAAAGGCUACAAAGAACUGCUUGAUAAAAGCAAUGAAGCACCCAGUGAAACUGAAAGGGAGCAGGCGACCACAGAUAGAAGGAAUGAAUCUGAGGAUGAAGGCACUGACUUUGCAGGAUUGGAGGCAGAGGAGAAAAUGAAGAAGCAAGAUGACAUGCCAAGACAACCAAAAUCUAUUCUAGCUGAGAGCAGUGAGGAAGGUGAUGUAAGCAUUUCAGGAUUCCAAGUUAAAAGUCUUAAGAACAGAGAAAAUACCAAUAAUGAAGUAGGCAAGGAAAAUAUAUUAGAAAAUGGCAAAGUUCAAGAUAUGUCAAAAGACGCACAUGAUAAUUCUAACAGCAAUAGGGAGAGCAGCACUGAAGAGAGCAUUGACAAAAGAAAAGAAAAUGCAACAAAACAACCACUGCCUAGUGCUGUUAAAGCAAAACUCCACAUUCACCUCAGCAAAGUACUUCAAGGAACUGAACGGGAAGAGAAGGUGAAUGAAGAAGGCAGCACACUGGAAGAUAGCCCUUUGCUCUCCAACCAGCAGAAAACAUUGAAGGAGAAAUAUGGGAGGCGUGAGAUUGCAGAACAAGGUAAAGUGGUAGGACAUAGACAGAGGCACAGUUCUUCAGACUCCAGCAAGCAGGAGUUAGCAGUGAUGAUGCUUACAAAGAAAUGUUCUUCUCAAUCCCAAAUCCUUCUCAAUCUGAAAAACAAACAUAAAAAUGCUGAGACCAAACUAUUAACAAGCUGUAAACCAAAUCCUGUCCAGAUGGCUUUGGAAACCAACUCUGACCUGAAAAAUGUUGAAAACAUCUGUUCAAAACCCAUGACUCUAGAAACCCUCAGUACACAGAAAGAACCCAACAUAGCUCAGAGUUUUGGAGAGAAAAGAUUAAAUCUUUCAAAUAUUUCAAGCUGCUCCACUAUUACAAAAAAAUCUGAUAAGCAGUUCCUUGGCAAGAAGAAGAAAGUUGGAAAAGUUACUGGAAAAGUUAAACUGAGUUCAGGCCAGACUCUGGAUGCAAAAAAAGAGAAAGCAGAAGAAGUGGUUGCAGAGGCACCUUCUGAAAAAGAAAAUGUGCAUGCUGGGAAAGGAUCCAAGUACUUGCACAACCAUUCUGCUUUUAGAAAAGUCACCAGCUGGCUUGGUCAAAAACCUGCCAAGAAAGCAACGCUGAAAGCUCGUCUUCUGAGCGUGGCACGUGCAAUUGGUAUUUCAAGAUGGCUCUUGAAGAAAUUUGGGAAGAGGAAAAGGAGCAGCAAACCUUUUGGAUUCAGAAGUAGAGUGGCAAUCCGGAUUGUAAGCACUGCUGGGUGGGUUGGUCGGUCUGGCAAAGCCUUCACUGGUGCCACCGGACAGCUGGGGAGGGCUGAGUCGAGUGACAAAGAAUCUUCGCCUCCAUUAGUGGAGGGGGAAUGUGGUCCUAGAAUGGCAGAGGAAGUGGGACAUAUUGAUUUGCCUUCUGCUGAUUCCCCUCUUCGUGGAACCAAUUCCUUUCCAUACUUAAUUAGCUUGGAUGAGGAGAAGAACAAUGCUACUGAUGCCAAGUUUGCUAUAGUAUUCCCCAGAGUCCACAGCAUGGUUAAGACAAAGAGCUCCUUAUCCAGGGACUCUGAGAAUGGUUAUUCCCUAGAGAAACUGGGAUCUCUAUCAGACAGAAAAUCUAUGAUGCCAGUGCAACAAGGUUGCAGAUUCAAAUGUGACCUUCCCAGACAUUUGAUGGACCAAAGCCCUCAGAGAAACAGUAAACAGGGCUUCCUUCCACAUCCUGAAAAGGAUCCAAUAUGUACACCAGAUUAUUCCUGUGAGGUAGAUGUCAAAGAGGGUUCAGGUGUCCUCCAGACUGCAGGGUCCAUAGUCACGCCUUGUGUUCACUGGUCUCAGCAGCAGGCUCAGGGAUGUGAUCCUGCAGCAUGGCUGAACUCUGAAUUGCUGCUGCCACGACUAACUGUUGAGAACCUAAGCAAAUGGGCCAUCUACAAGGACCCACAUCUGACCAACAGCCAUGCAAUGACAGUCUGCAAGGAUCAGUGGGAGGCCGAAGACAUCACUGACAAUAUGCUAGAGAUGGAAUUCAUGCAGAAACAGGUACAGGUGUUGCCUCCAGUAUUGGAAUGAAGCUGAACUUCUCCUGAUUUUCAGUAAUGUGUCUAUGCAUUUCAGGUGUACAUGUGUGA